CACCAGCUCCAAGCUCAGCACCUCUCCCAUCACGCGCCCCCCAUCCCGCUGACCCCUCACCCUUCUGGCGUCCAGUCGGCCAGCCUCUCCGGCCUCGGAAGCGCUUCCGGGCUGCUGGCUCUGUCAGGAGCAUUGGGGACGCAGGCCCACCUGGUUGCCAAGGAUGACCGAGGGCUUCUCGAUGCCGACCGAGAGAGAGACCCUGGGCCGAGCUCUUUAAUGCUGUCGAACGGAGAAAGGAUGCGAGCCAUUUCAGAUUACUUGAACGGUAGCAAAAAAAGGAAGACGGACAAAGAAUACGGCACGGAUUACGUGACUCAGCUGAUAGGCGCGGCAGAGUGGAUUGCAAGUGAGAUUUUGUGCAAGUGGGUGACGGAGUCGGAUUGUGUCAUCG